AUGGGCGUUCGAGGACUCAGACGUCUCCUGGAGACCCGCAGGGAGGUUUUCCGGGAUGUCCAGCUCCGGGGGACCCGGCUGGUGAUCGAUGGAAGCAACCUGAUUGUCCAGCUGUACUAUAACUCAGGUUUGGACCAGAAUUGCGGUGGGGAGUACGCAUCGUUUGAAGACCUCAUCGAGAGGUUCAUUUCAGCGCUCACCAUCUGCAAGGUCAGAGCAUACGUGGUUCUGGACGGAGGUUCAGACCCCACAGACAGGAAGCUGGAAACGGUGACGAUGAGAGCUGAGCAGUUAAUCCAGAGAGCCCACGAGGCAGCGGACACCGGUAAGAGCAAGGGAAUCCUCCCACAGAUGGCCAGGAUGGUCUUCAAACAGACUCUGGCCCGACUGCAGGUUCCGGUGGCCCAGUGCUUCGGGGAGGCCGACCAGGAGGUAGCUGCCCUCGCUGUUGAAUGGAACUGCCCUGUGCUUUCCAACGACGGGGACUUCUUCAUCUUUGACCUCCCUGCAGGGUUUCUGCCCAUCACUCACUUCCGCUGGAAGGAGGUGAACGGCGGCCCGCAGAGCUACAUCCCCUGUAAGAGCUACACAACCUCCAGCUUCUGCAACGUCUUCCAGAUCGAGCCCCAGCUCCUGCCCACCUUCACCGCCUUGGCCGGUAACGACUACGUGAAGCUGAAGACAGUCAACUGGACUCAGUUUGCCCCGGCGGGCAGCGAGACCCUGGGUCGCCUGAAGGGGCUGCUCUGCUGGCUGAGAGACUUCCAGAAGUCUGAGGACGCCGAGGAAGCGGCGCUGGGGCUGAUGGGAGAGCUGGACACAAAGAAGAGGAAAGAGGUCCAGAGUGGACUGUUUGAGGGGAAGAAGGCGUACAAACUUCAUCAGAGUUGCCUAAAACAGUUCUUCGAGCAGGAGGUUCCACCCCCGUUCCAGCAGGAAUCCGGUCUUGUCCCGGACUGGGCGCGUCUGGCUCUGACGCAGACCCGGCUCACCCCGAACAUCUUGGACGUGCUGCGGCUGCAGAGGAUGUCACUGGGCAUCGCCGUGGAGCCCCGGGACCGGCCCAGCGUGUAUGUGAUCUCCAGGCCAAUCCGGCAGAUGAUGUAUGGGCUGCUGUUGGGCGGAGGGACGUCACUGCAGGUGACGGAGCGAGACCGGGUCGAUUCACACCUGAUAUACGUACCGGUCCGACCAGCUUUUAGUGCAACCAGCAAGCGACUCAGACUCAGCUCGCUGCAUGAGGCGGAGCCCUUUGAGCGUCUGCUGGUCCUAAUGGAAGCUCUGGGUGUCACCGAGGAGUCUCUGAGCCUCCUUCCCGCUCAGCUGAAGCUCCCGGUGGCCGUCACCUGCUUCUGGCUGCAGAUGGCUCAGCCCCCUCCAGACCUGACCCUGCUGAAGGCGCUUCUGCUGGGAAUGAGCAUGGGAGUUGUAACCAGACCCAAAGCAGCAUCUCAGACGGGAAAUCACCGUGGUGCAAAGAAGCCGGACGUGGGCGUGGUCUACGCCUUCAACCAAUGGCAGGCGUGCCUGAAGGACAGCGUCCACCUCAACCAGCUGCUGGGCUUUCCUCUGCCGGAUCCGGAAAUCGCACGGUUGUAUCAGGGGACGACGCUCCACCAGCUGGUGGACAAGAUGAGUACCAGAGGGAGGCUGAGGGGCUUCCUGAAGAGCGACAGGACCAGCGUAGAUCAGUACCACAGGAUGCUGUCUGCGGUCCAGUUUUACGCUCACAGAGCUCCAGCGUGCUGCUGGCAGGAGUCGGUGCUGCCACCAGAGCUGGAGAAGCUGUUCCUGCAGGACGGCGAUGAAGAGGCUGAAACCGAAGUGCAGAGUGUGAUCAAAGUGGAAGAUGAGCUACGACUGGUGGACCGGCUGUCGGUCAGAACGCGAUACAGAACCAAGGAGAGACGGAACCGGUGCAACAAACUAGAACUGGCUCGGAAGGAGGAACGUCGGGGAAUGGACCUCCUCUGAUGGAGACAGGUUCUGAUCAUGAUGGUUGAUCAAGAAUCUAUUAUCUACACUGUGGUCAGUUUUUACUGGUUUAUGAGGACAAUUAAGGUUCUGGUUCUGUUUUAAUUAUUUAAAAAUCAGUUUUUUACUGGUUACGGGUCAGAUUCUUUUGUAUUACAUAUUUUAUCUGGGGACAACAAAGACCCACAGGAACCGCUAGAGGGCCCCCUGGACGAACCUCUGGUGACGUCAGAGGCACGGGCAUGGGCACCACUUGCUUCAUAUUAGGUAUAAAGCAUUGUAUAAUAUGUUGUGCUGAGAUUUCCACAUUGACAGUUAACAUUAAAACAAAAAUUACAAGUGAAUCUCCAAAUUUAUUUUGGGUAAAAUCGUCCGUCAUCAACAGCCGUCUAUCAAUGUCAUACGUCAUCAUCAUCACUUGUCAACAGAGCGGAGUAAUCCCACAGCCUAAACAUGAGCGGGAGUUAUAAACGCAAAAGUGGAGUGAUAAAACGCAAAGAAGAAGAAAAAAGGGAGAAAGAAAAA